UCAUGAUUGGCUGUGAGGCUUGUGGGCGGGGCUUGUGGCCUGUUUGAGUCAAAGCUGUCAAUCUGACGACCUUCCUCUCUGCUGAGGAUGAGUGAGAGUUUUGUUGUACGAGCGUUGUUGCUGAGCUUCAAACGUGUGACGCCAUGUCUCUGACGGUGGCGGACCUGACCCUGGGAGCCAUGACGGAGUUCCAGCAGAAACUUCGGCAGCAGCAUGAGGCAUCCAUGCACCGCGAGCUGGAGGAUCUGCUCGCCGUCGCCGGAGAUGCUGAUGCCCAGAGCUGCAGGAAGGACUUUGAUGGCUUCAAGAGGAUCUUUCACACCUUCCUGCAGGUCAAAGGUCCCGCCGUGGACUGGGCCAAAAUCAGCCGCCCACCCGAGGACGCUAUUCAAGCAUACAACAAGAUCAAGGCCAAAGGUCUCCCCGGCGACAUCAGCGCCUGCCUCAACAAGCUAGCUGUGGUCAAACUCAAUGGCGGCCUCGGCACCAGCAUGGGCUGUAAGGGUCCUAAGAGUCUCAUCAGCGUACGCAACGAGAACACCUUCCUGGACCUGACCGUGCAGCAAAUUGAGGACUUGAACAAAACCUAUAACGCUGACGUUCCUCUGGUGCUCAUGAACUCCUUCAACACGGACGACGAGACCAAGAAGAUCCUGCAGAAGUACCAACAUCGAUGCAUCAAGAUUCACACCUUCAACCAGAGCAGAUAUCCGCGUAUCAACAAGGAGUCGCUGCUGCCCAUCGCCAAGAGCUUGGCGCUGAGCGGGGACAACGAGGAGGCGUGGUACCCGCCCGGUCACGGCGACCUCUACACCAGCCUCUGCAACUCUGGUCUUCUGGACAAACUUUUGUCUGAGGGGAAGGAGUACGUCUUCGUGUCCAACAUCGACAACCUGGGCGCCACCGUGGACCUCUUCAUCCUGCACCACCUCAUCAGCCAGUCGGCCGACAAGCGCUGUGAGUUCAUCAUGGAGGUCACGGACAAGACGCGCGCCGACGUCAAGGGCGGCACGCUCAUCCUGUACGAAGACCGCCUGAGGCUUCUGGAGAUCGCUCAGGUGCCCAAAUCUCACGUGGACGAGUUCAAGUCGGUCAGCAAGUUCAAGAUCUUCAACACCAACAACCUGUGGAUCUCGCUGGCCGCCAUCAAGCGUCUGCACGACAAAAACGCCAUGGACAUGGAGAUCAUCGUCAACCCCAAGACACUAGACGGCGGCUUGAACGUCAUUCAGCUGGAGACGGCUGCGGGCUCCGCCAUCAAGAGUUUCAAGAACGCCAUGGGCAUCAAUGUGCCUCGCAGUCGCUUCCUGCCGGUCAAGACCACGUCCGACCUCCUGCUGGUCAUGUCCAACCUCUACAGCAUGGACGCCGGCUCGCUCAUCAUGAGCCACAAGCGGGAGUUCCUCACCACGCCGCACGUCAAGCUGGGAAGCUGCUUCACCAAGGUUCAGGAGUUCCUGUCCCGCUUUGACAGCAUCCCAGACAUUUUGGAGCUGGACCAUCUCACCGUGUCAGGCGACGUCACGUUUGGGAAAAACGUGUCACUGAAGGGAACAGUCAUUAUCAUCGCCAACCACGGCGACCGCAUCGACAUUCCCUCUGGAGCCAUGCUGGAGAACAAGAUCGUUUCAGGGAACCUGCGGAUCCUCGACCACUGAGGCCUCCUGGGGAACAUAUCAAGCGCACUUUAGAAAGUUGGGACACUGGACAACCAUCACGUCAGGUCAGAGGUCAUGCUGCCCACACAGCUCAGAUGGAGGAAACAGGAAGUUACCGUCUUUGAGGUCAAUAAAACAAUUCAUGUGA